UUCUUUACGACCUUCCAAUACACGUCACAUGAAGUUCUUGUAUCCAUGCCUCCUGCUUUCCCUUGGCCUUCACCUUGCUUCCAUCACCACUGGUGACAUCCAGUUCCUAUACCUUGGCUUCAAAGGCACUAACCUCUCCGUGGAUGAAACUGCCACAAUCACAUCAAAUGGACUCCUUGAGCUGACCAAUGGCAUGAUUCAUCGUAAAGGACAUGCAUUCUAUCCAACUCCUUUGCACUUCCGCAAGUCGACCAACGGUAUGGUGCAGUCCUUCUCAGUUACCUUUGUAUUUGGCAUCCGCUCUAGCUACCUUAGCAUGACCCGACAAGGUCUGGCCUUUGUUGUCGCGCCAAGCAAGAACUUCUCAGAUGCAUUGCCCAACCAAUACCUUGGUCUCACAAAUAUUCAAAAGAACAACCCAACGAACCAUUUCUUUGCUAUCGAGCUCGAUACAGUAAAAAACAUCGAGUUCAAGGAUAUCGAUGACAACCAUGUAGGCAUUGACAUCAAUGGCCUCAGCUCUAUACAGUCCCACUCUGUAGGCUACUAUGAUGACAUGAGUGGUAGCUUUCAUAACCUAAGUCUUCAUAGUGGUGCAGCAAUGCAAGUAUGGGUGGACUACAGUGGAGAAGCCAAGCAAAUCAAUGUGUCCAUGGCUUCCCUUGGAAUGGAGAAACCUGCAAGGUCAUUGAUCUCGACAACCUAUGACCUAUCAACAGUGAUCCAAGAGUCGGCGUACAUUGGUUUCUCAUCAUCAACUAGCGAAAUGGACUCACGACACUAUGUGCUUGGCUGGAGCUUCAGCAUGAACAGACCAGCUCCAAAGAUUGACACCACCAAGCUACCCAAGCUACCUCGGAAUGGCCCAAAGCCCCGGUCAAAACUGUUGGAAAUAAUCCUACCCAUAGCAACUGCAUCAUUCAUAAUUGUUGUAGGGGCUAUCACCAUUCUACUUCUGAGGAGGAAACUGCGCUACGCUGAGCUGAAAGAAGAUUGGGAAGUCGAGUUCGGCCCACACAGGUUCUCAUACAAGGAUUUGUACCAUGCCACAGAAGGAUUUAAGAACAAUAACCUACUUGGUGCAGGAGGAUUCGGGAAGGUGUACAAAGGAGUACUCCAAUCAUCUAAACUGGUGGUUGCUGUCAAGAGGGUGUCCCAUGAAUCAAGGCAGGGUAUGAAGGAGUUCAUUUGCGAGGUUGUAAGUAUUGGACGCAUUCGACACCGCAACCUUGUUCAGUUACUUGGCUAUUGCAGGCGAAAAGGUGAACUUCUUUUAGUAUAUGAUUACAUGCCAAAUGGAAGCCUUGAUAAGUAUUUGUACUGUCUUGAGGGUAAGCCCACACUGAAUUGGGAUCAAAGGUUUCGGAUCAUCAAAGACAUUGCGUUGGGUUUACUCUACCUCCAUGAGAAGUGGGAGAAAGUUGUCAUUCACCGCGACAUUAAGGCAAGCAAUGUGCUCAUUGAUAGUGAAAUGAACGGGCAUCUAGGUGACUUUGGCCUUGCAAGAUUGUAUGAUCAUGGCACUGACCUACAGACCACACAUGUGGUUGGUACCAUGGGAUACAUGGCCCCAGAAUUGGUAUCAACAGGCAAGGCCUCCCCUCUCACAGAUGUGUUUGCCUUUGGUACGUUCCUUCUCGAGGUGACCUGUGGGCAGAGGCCAGUGAACCACAAUGCAGAAGAUGGCCGAGCAGUGUUAGUAGACUUGGUUCUUGAGCAUUGGCACAAAGGAUCAUUGACUGAGACAGUAGACACCAGGCUACGAGGUGACUAUAAUGUUGAUGAGGCAUCUCUGGUGCUAAAAGUCGGUCUAUUAUGCUCUCACCCAUUCACUAAUGUGAGGCCUAACAUGCAGCAGGUCUUGCUGUACCUUAACUGUGAUUUGCCACUCCCAGAGUUGGCACAUGCAGACAUGAGCUUCAGCAUGCUCUCCCUAAUGCAAGAUGAAGGGUUUGACCCAUGUACACUGUCGUCAAGCAUUGGAAUAAUAUCUGGCAUCUCGGGAGGAAGAUGAGUUUCAUGGUGUUUGAGAUGUCAUGACUGCUUGCAUGCCACCGUUCAUAUUUAGCACUGAGCCGUACGUAGAGUUAGAUUAUUAAAGGGCUUUCUUCUACGCUCAUUGCAGUGUAUUCCAGAGAUUAUUAUUUUCAUCAGUGUACGAAGCAGUUAUAUUCA